GCAUAGCUAUUAAAUAAAUACUAAAUAAUUGAAACAUCUUCGUCUUCUGUUCCUAACGACUACUAUACGCUACGCUUUCUUUAAGGAGUAAACAGAGAGCAAAAGCUAAAGCCAAACUUUGCCCAAACAGUUUUGAAAAUUUUCCCUUUUUAUUAUUCUGUAACUGUGUAAUUGCAUUGGUUUGUUAGUUUUCUUGGAUUUUUUUAUAUAUAAAAAGUAGUCUCCGGAAAUGUCCUCUCCGACGCCGGGAGCUUCCCCUGCUCCCACAUCGCCUCCGGCGCCUCCUACUAACUCUACUUCUCCGCCGCCAACUGCGGUGGCCUCACCACCAGCUCUUCCUGCACAAGCUCCUCCUCCUACUAGCCCUACGCCACCGGCCACCACUCCUCCGCCCACGGCCUCUGCCUCUCCUCCACCACCUUCCACCUCUGCUCCUUCCUCCUCCACCCCACCUCCACCAACAACACAAUCAACCCCAGAACCAUCUGGGUCUCCUCCUUCGCCACCUUCUCCGCCGUCUGGUUCUUCGCCUUCACCGCCGGCACCUUCAGGGUCAGGGAGGUCUCCGGCGGGUCCUAGAGGAGGAGGAGGUUCGUCGACUUCCUCACCGGCGUCAGAUGAAGGGUCCUCGGGCGUAUCGACCGGACUGGUGGUGGGAAUAGCCAUUGGGGGCGUUCUGAUUCUGGCAGUGUUGAGUUUGUUGUUCAUAUGUUGCAGCAGGAGGAAGAAGAGGAGAAAUCAUGGUCCAGUUGAGUACUAUCCUCCUGCACAACCACCACCUAUGGGGUAUAAAGACCCUUAUGGUGACCCUGUGCACCAUUGGCAACAUAAUGCUCCAUCACCUGCCGAUCAUGUUGUUUCAAUUCCACCAAAACCAUCUCCGCCACCUGCAGGGGCUUCACGACCUCCACACUCUCCAGUUACCGCUUCUUCACUUCAACCUCCUCCGCCUCCACCUUACAUGAGCAGCAGUGGAGCUUCGUCCAAUUAUUCGGGGUUUGAUCCACUUCCACCACCUUCUCCUGGAAUGGUUUUAGGAUUCUCAAAGAGCACAUUCACAUAUGAGGAAUUGGUGCGGGCAACUGAUGGCUUCUCCAAUGCUAACCUUCUCGGACAAGGUGGUUUUGGCUAUGUGCAUAGAGGGGUCCUUCCUAAUGGCAAAGAGGUUGCAGUCAAACAGCUAAAAGCUGGAAGUGGACAGGGUGAGCGUGAAUUCCAAGCAGAGGUUGAGAUCAUUAGCCGAGUACAUCACAAACAUCUUGUUUCUCUAGUUGGAUACUGCAUAACUGGGUCCCAGAGACUGCUUGUCUACGAGUUUGUUCCAAAUAACACCUUGGAAUUCCACUUACAUGGAAAGGGAAGGCCUCCAUUGGAUUGGCCCAUCCGACUGAAGAUUGCUCUAGGAUCUGCUAAAGGACUGGCAUAUUUGCAUGAAGACUGUCAACCUAAAAUCAUUCAUCGAGAUAUCAAGGCAGCAAAUAUACUUGUUGACUUUAACUUUGAGGCUAAGGUUGCCGAUUUUGGACUUGCGAAGUUAACAUCUGAUGUUAAUACUCAUGUCUCUACUAGAGUGAUGGGAACUUUUGGGUAUUUGGCUCCUGAAUAUGCUUCUUCUGGAAAACUUACGGAGAAGUCUGAUGUAUUCUCCUAUGGAAUAAUGCUUCUAGAGUUGAUCACCGGACGUCGUCCUGUUGACUCUAGUCAAACAUACAUGGAUGAUAGUUUAGUUGACUGGGCAAGGCCUCAGCUUACACGAGCUCUUGAAGACGAGAAGUUUGAUUCCCUAAUUGAUCCACGUUUAGGAAAUGAUUAUAACCAUAAUGAGGUAGCUCGGAUGGUUGCUUGUGCUGCUGCUUGUGUGCGUCAUUCAGCAAGGCGUCGACCACGCAUGAGUCAGGUUGUCAGAGCUCUGGAAGGAGAUGUGUCAUUGUCCGAUCUUAAUGAAGGGAUUAGACCUGGACACAGCACAGUAUACAGUUCACAUGGAAGUUCAGAUUAUGACGCAUCACAGUAUAACGAAGACAUGAAAAAAUUCAGGAAGAUGGCAUUAGGAAGCCAGGAAUAUGGCAGCACUGGCCAAUACAGUAAUCCAACAAGUGAGUAUGGUUUAUAUCCUUCUGGAUCAAGCAGCGAAGGCCAACAGACGAGGGAAAUGGAAAUGGAAAUGGGUAGGACGAAAAAAGACAGUAGAGGUUUCAGUGGAAGUAAAGGAUUUAUUGGAAGUUCUUGACACAAGAUAUGCAUUUCUGUACUGAUUCUUUUCUUUAGUGGGAUAAAUGAUUCAGCAGUUGCAAAAAUGGCGUGCUCUUUUUUUUUCCUUGGUUGGUUAACAUACAGAUAAUUCCUUCAAUUUUUUUUUCCUUUUCCAAGUUUGGAAAGUCAUCUUUCCCAUUGUAUUUAUAAUGGCUUAUACGGCAGACAUGAAUUAUGCUGGUGAUUCUUUUAAUCAAUGUUUCAGUGAUACUGAAGUUUGGUUGUUCGUAUC